GUAGUAAGUGAGCGAGAGCCAGAGCGGGAGCAUGAGGGACCUCCCUUAUGAAAUUUUCACUAACAUUUUCUCAAGGUUAUCCAUCAAGUCGCUCUUUCAAUUCAGGUGCGUAUGCAAAACCUGGCGAGAUUUACUUACAGAUCCUCAUUUCAUUAAACAACAACUGAAUCGAUCGUCUGAAACCAAUAUUUCCAACCCUAAUCUCAUCCUCAACUGUGGAUCCAAUCUAUGCCAUGUCCUCUAUUCAAUUCAUAAUGGCACCUGGGAUGAUAAGCCUGUAAAGCUCGAUUUACCCUUCAAGCUUUCCAAUAUUGGAAUUGUUGGUUCUUGUAAUGGCUUGGUUUGCCUUUUGGGUUUCUCACGUGUCUAUGAUGUCAUCGUUUGGAACCCAUUUACCAGAGACUUCAAUAAAUUGCCUUACGCACCAUUGAAGUUUCCGGGUCGUACAGUUUCUCGUUUCCCUGUGAUGGGUUUUGGUUACAGUCCAUCAAAGGAUGUGUACAAGGUGAUAAGAGUUAUUUACUUUCAUGUUGAUCGUACGUGGAGCAGUUCUUGUAGUUCCCUGGUCCAGGUUCACACCCUUGGAUCGGAUUCAUGGCGAAGGAUCGGCGAAAUUCCCUUUGAAAUUCGUGAUUGGUUGUCUGGGGUUUUCGUUAAUGGAGCUCUUCAUUGGAUUGCAAUUCGCAGUUCCAGACCAGACACUAUUGUUUCUUUUGAUGUUGGAAAUGAGAAGUUUAGAAAAAUGCCACAACCCUACUUUGGGGAUGAUGGUUUUCAAAGCAAAUUGGAGGUUUUGGGAGGAUUCCUUUGUAUGAUUUGUACAUACUAUGAUAAUCGCGUCAAGAUAUGGGUGAUGAAGGAUUAUGGAGUGAAAGAGUCUUGGAUUAAACAGUUCUCCAUCAGCCAACCCAUGGUUAUUGGCAAUUUUAAAUGCUUGAAGCCACUUGGGUUUACAAAGAGUGGGGAAAUUCUUCUAGAGAUGCAUGAUAGAAAGCUAGUUUUGUAUGAUCCAGAAAGAAAAAUAUUUAGAAAUUUUACAAUUCGAGGUGUUCCAGAUUGGUCUGAGGCUGGUGCUUUUAUUGGGACUCUUAUUUCUCCCGAGGCUUGCAGUUGAAAUGAGUAGCAGCAUGUGUGAAGAUAUAAUUUUUCUAUGUACAUCAUGUGGCUUGGUGCUCUUUUCUGUGUGUACUGUAUAUGUUUGUAAAGACUGUUGACAUAAUUGCAGUGUUCUACUCAUGAUUUAUAAGAUUGAUUUCUUUAUCUUGCCUUUA